ACUAUAAAAUUUGUUUGAUGAAAUUGGGUUGUCUACAAUAGUUGACUUGAUUGCCACCUCCUCCUUUUCCGUCUUCACACAGAAAACCCCUCUUCCAUCCAAGGUACAAUUUCCCAAUCAUCCGAACCAGAAAUUUACAAAAUCCAGAUUCUUUCCCCGGGAGAGAUUGAGAGAGAGAGAGAGAGGGGCGGAGGGAGAGAGAGAGAUGGGGAACUCCUUCGGUUGCUCUGCGUCGGGGGAGAGGCUGGUGUCGGCGGCGAGAGACGGCGACUUCGUUGAAGCUAAGAUGUUGCUCGAUUGCAAUCCCUAUUUAGCCAAAUACUCCACUUUCGGCGGCCUCAACUCUCCCCUCCAUUUCGCCGCCGCCAAGGGCCACAAUGAGAUUGUGGCAUUGUUGCUUGAGAACGGGGCUGAUGUGAAUUCAAGAAAUUACUGUGGCCAGACUGCGUUGAUGCAAGCAUGUCGGUAUGGCCACUGGGAAGUUGUUCAAACUCUUCUUCUUUUUAGAUGCAAUGUUACAAGAGCAGACUAUCUAAGCGGGAGGACUGCUCUCCAUUUUGCUGCAAUGCAUGGACAUGUUAGGUGUGUGAGAUUGGUGGUGGCUGAUUUUGUCCCAAGUGCCCCCUUUGAAUCUCUAAGCGGAGAAUCCACCCCUAGUACAAAUGACAACUCACAUUCUAAAACCAAGAACGAAAAAGGGAGUCUGUCAAAGUUUGUAAAUAAGGCUGCUGAUGGUGGCAUUACUGCUCUUCAUAUGGCUGCAUUGAAUGGAUAUUACGAUUGUGUCCAGCUCCUACUUGAUCUUAAUGCGGAUAUAUCAGCUGUCACUUUUCACUAUGGAUCGUCCAUGGAUCUUAUAGGAUCAGGAAGCACUCCUUUGCAUUAUGCUGCAUGUGGGGGUAAUCUUAAAUGCUGCCAGAUGCUAAUUGCAAGAUGUGCCAGUCGGUUGACAUUGAACUGCAAUGGGUUGCUUCCUCUUGAUAUUGCCAGGAUGUGGGGGCGACAUUGGCUCGAGUCUUUGCUUGAUCCAAAUUCUGAUGCCGUUAUACCAAUUUUUCCACCUUCAAACUAUUUAUCAUUGCCGCUCUUGAGUGUCCUUAACAUUGCAAGAGAGUACGGUUUGCAGUCCUCAGCCACCACCCCUUCAGGUGAUGCUGAUACAUGUGCCGUCUGCCUGGAGAGAACAUGUUCAGUUGCUGCCGAAGGAUGUGGACAUUCACUUUGUGUAAGAUGUGCACUAUACCUUUGCUCAACCAGCAAUGCCCAGUCUGAACUGCCAAGCGGCCACCCUGGCUCCAUCCGCUGCCCUUUCUGCAGGCACGGCAUUGUCUCCUUCCUCAAACUGCCCGGUUCUGCUGCAAAAGAACUCAAAGUCAACCUGUCCCUCAGCUUAUGCACCCCGUGCGUCCUACACCCCCGCGACCUAGAACCAAAGUACCUGCCCGGGGGUGGGACCGGGCACGACCUCAGAAAGAACCGCGUUGCUUCCUUGUCUUCUUCGGACAUCAUGCUCUGCCCUGUCACCUGCAGUCCCUUCCCUUCUGUGACUAUCCCUUUGUGCACGUGCAACGAAGGACCGUGCCCUACUUUUGAGUCCAGAGAGGACAGAAGCCAGGGCGAGGGGUCUCCUGCCCGGGGAGGAGAGCCUCCCGCGGCGGCCUCAGAGGAGGAAGACAAGAUGGGGGUGAGGUUGGAGAAAACGACGUGUUCCAACAUGUUUUGGGGGAGGAGGAGUUGCAGUAGGGAAAACCAGUGUAAUGCCGAGAUAAAUGUCUGAUUUUGGAAAAGGAGGAUGAUGAAUGUCUUCUUCUUCUUCUUGACAUCCUCUGAAAUAUGGGAAUCAGUAAAGGCUUUCGCCAAGCCACCCCCCCCCCCUGAUUUGCAGGGCGUGGUUGAAGAAGAAGAAGAAGGCGCGCGCAUGAAGAAGGGGGAGAGAUGCGCAAAACUUUGUUGAUUAUUAGUCCCACCACACCUUAUUUGUUGAUUAUUAUUUUUGUGUUGUGUAUAGGUCCUCUCAAUCUCAGAAUGUUUGGUUUCUGCGUUUCCACUCCUAAAGUUCCAUGUCGUGUUUUUUUGGGCAGUGAAUGCAAAUAUGCAUCAUCAUCAUAUAACAAAAACCAAUGCUCUCCCUACUCACACUCCUUUUCUGCUAUUAUACAACAAAUAUAUUAAAUAAUCCCUU